GAAGCGUCAAGCGUGACCGCCCGAGGCCCCUCCUGCCUGCUGGGAAGGCCAUAAAAAGGCCUCGCUCGGCGAGCCACAGACCGGAGAGGCGAGCCCCCGGCAAGAGAGCGACGCCGACCUGAGCGCGGGAAAAGCCCCAUCGACAGAGCCGGCCAUGCAGGGGACCAUGCGGUUGUGGCCGUCCGUGCUGACUUUCGCCCUGUCCUUGCUGAUCUGCCUGGGGACGCUGGCGGAGGCGUAUCCAGCCAAACCGGACAACCCCGGCGAGGACGCGCCGGCGGAGGACAUGGCCAGAUACUACUCGGCACUGAGGCACUACAUCAACCUCAUCACGAGGCAGCGAUAUGGAAAGAGAUCAAGCCCAGAGACACUGAUCUCGGAUCUUUUGUUGAGAGAAAGCACAGAGAAUAUUCCUAGAUCUAGGUUUGAAGACCCUUCUCUGUGGUGAUGGAAAUUUCAGCACAUCGUCAAACUUUUCCUAGUUUUCAAUCCAUACUUAUUGCUAUAAAACCAAUCACAGUUUAUCACUCCUCAGUGCAUGCAACCAUUUUACUGAAUUCUGUAGCAUUUUUCCUUCAUCAUACUUGUAUAUACAUUUAAAUUUAUUU